GGUUUUGAACGUAUCAGAUUAUCAUCUGUCAAAUUGACUUACAAUGCGUAGCAUGUUGGAGGACAUAUACAACUUUUCCAAAGUAUUCUUGUUGAGGUACCUCGAUCGACUCUACCAAUUCGACCCAAUCACUCUCUUGGUAACCACAGGGCUCGUCGUUUGCGCACUUGUUCAGACUGCAUCUUUUGAUAUUAAGUUUCUAUUCUUCACGUUCCUUCGAAAAUGUCCCGGUUUACGGGAAGUUGUUCGCCAAAGAAUAAACAAGGCCAUUGCGGAUGUUCAUGAUUCUGUCCACAAAAAUUCCAGAAUUGAAUACGAAAAAUGUCUGCCACUAGACGGGUUGCCCACAGUUCGCCCCAUUUUAUCUUUUUGUCACCAUCUUAGGACAAAAUUAUGCAAAAAAUACGCAGGUACAAGGCUUGUGAAUACAUCCGAUGGACCGAGGGUUAUGCAUCCGGAAGUGUUUAUCCAAGAAGUACAUCUUUAGAGGAUUUGUCCUCCAGAGUCUUCAAAGAGUUCAUAUGGACAAAUCCUCUCCAUCCGGAUUUGUUUCCAGACAUCCGCCGAAUGGAGUCCGAGGUGGUUCGCAUGUGUCUCGCGAUGUUCCAUGGAAACGAAGAUGCUUGCGGUACAACUUCAUCUGGUGGCACGGAAAGUAUUAUGUUGAGCUGUCUCGCCUAUAGGGAACUGGCGCGCUCUAAAGGUAUACGUCGACCUGUUAUCAUCGCCCCUGCAUCCGUGCACGCAGCGUUUGACAAAGCUGCGCAUUAUUUCUCCAUGGACUUGGUUCGAAUCCCCGUGGUUCCUGGUUCGUUCAAGGCCGAUGUGAAUGCUAUGCGUCGAGCGAUCAACAAAAGUACAUGCAUGCUUGUGGCUUCCGCUCCGGGGUUUCCUCAUGGUAUUAUCGAUCCUGUGGAAGAAAUUGCCGCGCUGGGCGCCGCCCGCGAUAUCCCCGUCCAUGUGGACUGUUGUCUUGGUGGUUUUCUUCUCCCGUUCAUGGAUUUGGCUGGCUACCCAAUCGAACCGUUUGAUUUCCGUCUACCCGGUGUGACAAGCAUAUCGUGUGAUACUCACAAAUAUGGAUUUGCCACCAAAGGUACUUCUGUGAUACUGUAUCGCAACAAGUUCUAUCGGUCCCAUCAAUUCUUUACUCAGCCUGAUUGGUCCGGUGGCGUUUAUGCCUCGCCCACACUUGCAGGAAGCCGGUCUGGAGCUGUUAUCGCCGUGUGUUGGGCGACAAUGAUGCACUUCGGCAUCAGCGGAUACGUGGAAUCUACGAGGAGAAUCGUGAAGACCACCAGGUUUAUCAGUAAACAGUUGCGCAAAAUUCCCGGUCUUGUUGUUUUCGGGAAUCCUCAGGUCUCCGUUGUUGCGUUCGGCUCUGACGUUUUCGACAUUUAUCGUCUUUCACAAAUGCUGUCAGAGCUUCCCAAUGGGCGAGGAUGGAAUUUAAACAACCUUCAGUUCCCAGCAGCCGUUCACCUAUGUGUGACCGAUUUGCACACAGCUGACGGGUGCGCCGAUCGGUUUAUUCAGGACGUUGCCAAUGCUGCUGAGGAGUUGCGUCAGCAGCCUGGUUUGCGGACUCAAGGGACAGCUGUUCUGUAUGGCAUGUGCGCCACUCUGCCAGAUCGCUCAAUUGUCUCCGAAGUUGCCAAAGGAUUUUUGGACGCUUGUUACAGCACUCCUGACGUAGUGGAAUACAGUUAGCCAAAAAUAUUGAUUUCCCCCCGCUACCAUAGUCACUCACAGACCAGUUUGCCUGCUGCUACCUUUAUGCCCUUGUUAUUUCCGUGUUUUCCAUCCUAUCGUCGUUUUAGAUUUGCUCAAUAUUCUUGUCACGUGUAUUGUUGAUCAGCUAACUUUAUAGCGUCUUUCCUAUUAACUUCUUUUUCGUUUUAGUCUACACUGACUUCUGUGCACGUAACAACAUGAAUUCCUGUUAUCUUGAUCUUGUUUGUCGCCUCCUCCGCCAAUCCCCACCUUACCACGAUGGGCAGAAUGCACUUAGACCCCUCCGUGCUUACCCUGGUUUGUCAUUGCACAUCCGAUACUGUACAUAUC